UAAGGCCUCAGGAACUCCUGUGUGUUUGGAGAAUUACCCUGGAGAGAGAUUCUAUGGAACAGUCACCACAUCUCUCGGGAAUCAGGCUGCUCUCUGUCCUCUGUUGGUCCCUUUCCUGAGAGGCAUCACUGCAAUGCUCGUAGAGGAUCAAGACUGUCAUCUAGAACUGGAAGAUCAGAGGCCAGGAGGAGACUCAGACAAAGUCGACAAUAUCUGGACUCCACCAUUACUCUCCAUCAUGAAGAAAAUAGAUACCUGGCCCCAAGACUCCAGGGAAAUAGCUGAACUACAAGGACGAAUACACCUCAGACCCGGACAAAAAAACCCUUUGAAAAAUCUCCUGAAGACUGAGACAACACAGGAAGAGCUGGAAACUGUGCAUGCCACGAAGCUUUCUGCCUGGGAAUUUGUAGUUCACCAGUAUGGCUGCUCUGUCCUGCACCUCCUGGUUCCCCAGCUUCAGGCUCCGGAAACCACCUUACAGAUUGCUUCUCGUCUGCCUGUCGUGGAGGCCUCAGGAAAUGCCUUCCAAGGUUCCUUCUUCUAUCAGAGCACCGAAAACACCCUGUUUGUUGAGAGAGAGUGCUUGGCCUCUGUGGGAAGUUUUGUUCUGCUAUUGAUCCACUGCCUGGCCCACAUCGCUACUGGGGACUUUAACCAGGACUCCAACCCCAGAUUUCUGGAGUUGUUCUAUCAGGGGCUGAGAGCCUACUUCAAGGAGGCAUUUACUACUACAUUGCAAAUGUCAGCAGUUCCCUGGGACAAUAAGUUUGAUCAAAACCUAAUUGCUCUUCUGUUAAAAGAGCAGCCCAUUUCUGAGAGAGAAAGAGACCUCCUCUCUAAGCUCAUUGAGAGGAAGCCUGAGCCUUGCUUGGCAAGAGAGUCAUCAGAAGAGUAUAUUAAGAAGAACAAAGACCUUCUCCUCUUCAACAAUAUGGAACAUUUCCUUAAAAGCAUUCUUUCUGCAAAGCAAUGAUAACAUGAAGAGCUGGACUCAGUGGCAAAGAAAAGUGCUUCUCAUAUGCAUGCGUGUGACUAUCAACUGGGACAUGAGCAACUUACCAAUGGCUACAUCCCCGCGGAAGAGUGACCCUCCUUCAGCAUCCAUCAACGGCAAAUGUCUCCUCCAGCAGGAGUGGGACCCCAAGGAAUUGACUUUUCCCCCUUAGUAAAUACGAACUAGAAUUCCAAAGAGACAAACCAUGCUCUGCUGCAAAAGAGCAGGAGACUCCUGCGUCUCUCCCAUCAACAUCUGCGUCUCUCCCAUCAAUAUUUGGCAUUUUACGUCUCUUGUAAUUCAUCCAUGCUUCUUGGUGUGUGGCAUAUGGGAGAGAUAUUGAACUUUCAUUUUAUAAUAACCACCAUCAAGACUCAGCAUUUCAAGUGUGAACAUUCAAGAGUUUGAAUAUCUUGCCUAUUUCCCACUGAGCUCCCUAUUUUCUGACUUCUAGAAAUUAAUUUUCAUAAUUUUAUGAACCUUUCAAGAUAAAAGUAACUUCUUCUGUUUUAUUUUUAGACCUAGAAAGUGGAAAAAUAUUCAAUACAACAUCUGAUAAA